AUUGGAUCAUCCAUUUUGUUGAUCAAACUCUGAAGUCACAUGUUCGCACUAAGCGAAUUUUCUUUGUGUCUUACUUCAGGUUAAGUCCGUGAAAGUGGAUUUUUAACCAUAAGUUUUUACAUUUUUACGUAGAGUUAGCUUAACAUAAGUAAUUUGUUGCCGACUUACCAUUUGCCAACGGUAAAUAUUUUCAACUCAAAAUGAACGCUGAAAAACUGAAAAAACUCAGUGACCAGGUGCGAAUAGGCGGUAAAGGYACACCACGACGAAAGAAGAAGGUUGUACACACAACAGCAGCCACAGACGACAAAAAACUCCAAAGUACACUUAAAAAGUUAACAGUUAACACAAUACCUGGAAUUGAAGAAGUAAAUAUGAUCAAAGACGAUGGUACUGUGAUACACUUCAACAAUCCAAAAGCACAAGCUUCACUGGCAGCAAACACAUUUGCUAUUACGGGGCAUGGUGAUACAAAAUCAAUGUCUGAACUACUGCCUGGCAUAUUAAAUCAGUUGGGUCAUGAAGAAAUUGGUCAACUAAAGCGUUAUGCCAGUGGGUUUGCUAGUAAUAAUCUCAUUAGUAAAUCAUUAAUUGAAGAUGAUGAUGAGGUGCCGGAUUUGGUCGGUAACUUUGAUGAUGCCAGCAAAGAAGAGGUAGUAGCCAAAGGAUCGUCAGAAGAAAAGACUGACAGUACUGAGAAAGCUAUUGUCGAAGAAAAUGCAGAGAGCUCAAAGAAGGAAUAAUAAUUGGAUUGAUGGUGACUAAAA